UCAAGAGUUAAAGGUAGCGCAGCCUCCUGCUCUCUCUGUGCUGAACUAAGGACUUUCUCUGACUGGAAGUCUAAAAUCCGCCAGCAUCUCGGAAGCAGAGGUUGUGCUUUUGGCUCGGACCUGCCAAAGCCUCAUAAACCCCCCUUCCUCUCCCUGCAUGCUCUAACUGACAAAAGGUAGUCGGUGCAAGAGCAUCCGUCCCUCUCCCCGGCUGCUGGCCAGCCUCUACACCCUGCUGCAGGCUCUGCUGCAGCGCGGCGCGGCGCACCGGAGCGGAGCCGGAGAGGAGCAGCGGUGGACGGAUCGGCUGCCUUCUGACAAGCGGAGUUAGGCUCUUCAGCAUCCUGGCGCUUCAGCAUGUCUCCUAGGAGUCAAAUACUCGCUGGGAUUAUCGCGGUUGUCGCCUCAGCGCUGCUUGGCUCACGCGGGACGGAUGGAGAAGAGGUGUGUGACAACCCUCUGGUGUCCAACCUGCCGCCGUCGUCCUUCAGGAGCUCCUCCCAGCUGUCGACCAGUCACGGACCGGGCUUCGCCAAAGUCAACAGACGAGAAGGAGCUGGAGGCUGGUCUCCUCUGUGGUCAGAUAAGUACCAGUGGUUGGAGGUGGAUCUGCAGAGACGGACCCAGAUUACCGCCGUGGCCACGCAGGGCCGCUACGGCAGCUCUGAUUGGCUGACGUCCUACCUGCUGAUGUUCAGCGACACGGGACACAACUGGAGGCAACACCGGCAGGAGGACAGCUUGGGGGUAAAGUUUGUAACGACUCACGGAUGA